UAUCCCAUUCUCAACUGAGGAACCAGCUGUCAGCCUGGCGUCUUAUAUGAUAUUAUUUACCGAUUUUAUACAGGGCUUCCUAUAGAAAAGACUUCAUGUCUUUUAAAACGCUUGCCGUAUAAAGGUAAAAUGUUCACUCCAUGCGCCUGCUAGUCUCCGUGAACAAGUUAUACGUCCACUCGGAAAUUGUAUGUAAAUAAUAGAAGCAUCCAAUUAUUAAUGCGAAACAGGAUUUCAAUUUAUUUGAUAACAGGAAAAUCUGAUGAUUACAAAGAAAAGCUAUACCACCACGAAACACAGUAACUCCUGUAGACGUAGCAGCAGUUCGACGAGCUCUCUGUCCACCUUGGUCGAUGUGAAGUAAAAGUAGAUGGAACGAAUUUUUAAAGUUCACUAAAGAAAUUCUGAAAGAAACCAACGUGGAAAACAAGCGUACAGGUAGUAGCGUAUAUCGUUCUGGAGUAAGUCUCGGGACUGGUGCCACGUAGCCGGGAUAGUGCUGAUAUGGCGCUUCUUCUGCAACACAAGGGGUGAGCGCGUGCAAGUAUCAGGGAUGAUUUCCGGACGUAAUUUUUCUCUCUGCCACAGCAGUAAUUUUUGACAUGUGUGCACGUAUUUGUCGUGAAACCGGGAAAUCGUAGGCCUACCUGUAAACAGAAACUCUGAAAGCUAGUAUUGACCAGGUUGUGCUGAAACGGAGAAGCGUCCUGAUUUUUGAUAGGUUAACCCGCAGUUUAACCUGCAAAGAGAAUCUCUUUAAGUCUAGUAUUUAGUGAUUUUGAAGGAGCAGUGUCGAGUAUAUUCCAAUACCUUCAACUGUGAUAAAACAUCAAGGACGAAAACUGUGUGAAGAGAAUGGUCGAGUGAAUUUUUUAAAAUAGGCCUACAUGAAAUACACGCAUUGUGCAGCGUUAGCGUUGUUAUUAUGUACAGCGAUAGACUCGUACAGAAAAUGGACUAGUCGUCUAUGACAUCAGGCAUUAAGGGACUUGGCUCUUAGACUAACAAACACCAGGAAAUACACGCCUUCGAUAUCCACAAACGUAGCCCUGGAAAAUCCCAAGACAGUUCAGACUAUAGUUAGCAAUGGUGCGAUGCAGUAGGGUCGCUUUUCGGAUCUUACUCUCUUGUCAGGUAGUGGUGGCUGUGUAUUUUAUAGUGCACUUGGAAGAUAAAACUCGUAACACGAGUAGACCGCUCGCCACUGGAACGGGGAAUGUGUCAGUUCAUACGACAAGAAAUCUCAAGAAGAAAUUUCAUCCUGAAAACUCUACUGGUGCUGUCGGACAGGCUAGAUCACCUCAAGAGAUGGCUACAUCAUUAUCAUCCCAUAUUGAAAAGGCAACUUUUGGAUUAUAGGGUAGUGGUCACUGAACAGUACGGAAAUGGAAUAUUUAACAAAGGUAGAAUAAUGAAUGCAGCAUUUCUAGAAUGUAGGAAGGCUUACCGGUUCGACUGCGUUAUCUUCCACGAUGUUGAUAUGUUAUUGGAGAAUGACCUCAAUAUGUACGUGUGUGGCAACGACACCACACCUAAACACCUAUCGCCAGCUGUGGACCAGUUUCACUAUAAAUUAUUUUAUCUUGGUCUCGUGGGAGGAGUGUUAGCUAUUCCAGUUAACACUUUUGUGAAGGUCAACGGGUACAGCAACCAGUUCUGGGGCUGGGGAGGCGAGGAUGACGACAUGUGGGAACGAUUUGUCGCUGUGAAUGCCACAGUGAAGAGACCGCCCCUAACCAUAGGGCGCUACACCAUGAAUAAACAUGCCAGCAGAAGAGGACAGGCCAACUACACCAUGAUAUAUCCACUUUUGAAGACAAGUCGGUCAAGGAUGAGAAGUGACGGACUGAACAACAUCAGUUAUUCAUUGGUCACCGUGAAACUUCACAGACUUUAUACACAUUUAGUUUUCGAUGUCGACACCAGCGCGUCUUGACUAGAUUCGACGAUGAGCAGUUUGCGCCACCUACAGUGUUGUUUUUAAAAUUAUUGUUAUUAUUAUUAUUAUUAUUAUUAUUAUUAUUAUUUGGUCUUGAAUAUGACUUACAAAUAACGUACCAGUGGAUGAAAACAAAAAUGCAAUAAAUUCACAAUUUAAAUGAUACGAUGUCAAAUAUAAAGUGCCAUUUAUACUUGCCCACAGUACAAUAUGCGAUUGUGCAGGUGUAGAAAAUGACAGAUGUCCUGUUUGAAUUUUUAAAAAUUAUUGAAGUAAUCCAUCUCGAAACAGUGGAAUGAACUGUUACAGCAUAUGCGUUAAACUGUUUAUAUGGAUCUUAGCACCUUGUAAAACCAAACUUAAAGUUUUCUCUUUUAUGUAUAUAUAUUUCAUGGCAAUUGAUAAUUUUAGUCAAUAUAAUUCUAUUUUGUGAUUUUAAAAUGUGUACUUUGAUAUUUUAAAUUGAAUGUCUCAAUUCCCCAUCUUACUAUUAUGCAUAGUGCUUAGAAAAAGACGAAGCUUUGCGUCAAAAUGCAUUAUUAUUUCUUUUGUAAAAAGUGAUUUAAGUCGUAAUCUAUUAAUUAAUUAAUGAUUUAUAUC